GUCGGCAGCGCGCCUCACCGCCGCUGCACCGUGCGCGCCGUCUCACGUUCUAGACCAGCAGUCAUGACCUCGCCGCUGGAGUUCCUGAUGGAGGAGCUCACCUCAGACAACCCGCAGCAGUGCAUCCAGUGCAUCUCGCGGCUGCGCGUCAUCGGCCUCGCGCUCGGCGCAGAGAAGACGCGGUCCGACCUAAUCCCCUUCCUCAAGGGGGAGAUCGAGGCGGGCAAGUUCACGGACGAGGUGCAGGUGAGCGUGGCCGAGGUCCUCGGCUCCUUCUCCGAGUUCGUCGGGCCCUCGAGCGAGGCGCACUGCCUCUUCCCGCCGCUCGAGGCGCUCUGCGCCGUCGAGGAGUCGACCGUGCGGGACCAGGCGGUGGCGUCCAUCAACCAGGUGGGCGCGCAGCUGUCCGCCUCGCAGCUGCAGACGCACCUCGCGCCGCUCGUGCUGCGCCUCGCCCGCAACAAGGACUGGUUCACACCACGCGUCUCCGCCUCCGGCCUCGUCGCGCUCGCCUACUCGGCGUGCGAGGACGCGCCCGCCGUCGGCGCGGAGCUGAGGGAGGAGUUCAAGGCGCUGGCCGGCGACGACUCCCCGAUGGUGCGGCGGGCGGCGGCGGCGCGGCUGGGCGCCGUGGCGGACUCCUACGGCACCAAGCUGGUGGAGGAGGAGCUGGCCCCAAUCUACCGCGGGAUGGUCGUCGACGAGGGCGAGUCCGUGCGCGUCAACGCGCUCAAGCAGACGGCGCUGCUCUGCAAGAACGCGGAGCUCGCCACGCGCGCGCUCCUUCUCAAGGAGUGCUUCACCUCGUGCACGCGCGACAAGUCGUGGCGCGUCCGCAUCGCCGCCGCCGAGUCGCUGCCCGCGGCAAUGUACACCGCGCUGCAGUCCGACCACGAGUCGGAGGUGCGGGUCGCGGCGGCGCUCCGCGGCGCCGAGGCUGCGGCCGCGCUGGGCACCGCCUUCGGCGAGAAGCACAUCUUCCCCACCGUCUCGCGCCUCGCCAACGACACCAACUCAGUGUCGCGCGUCGAGCUGUCCACGGUCUGCAUCGAGCUCGCCGCGCCGCUCGGCAAGGCGGCGGCGCUGGAGCACGUGCUGCCGUGCCUCGCGCUGCUGGCGGACGACGAGCUCUCCAACGUGCGGCUCGCAGUCAUCAUGCAGCUCGGGCCGUUCAUCGACGUGGUCGGCCUGGACGGCGAGGCGGCGGCGAUGCUGCCGCUGCUGGAGCGGCUCGGGGCGGACAAGAAUUGGCGCGUGCGGCACGUGAUCCUGCACUUGCUGCCGCAGCUCGCGGCGACGCUGGGCCCGGCGGAGUUUUGGUCCCACUUUGGAGAGGUUUGCGCCAGGCGCGCCUCCGACUCGUGCGCGCUGGUGCGGGAGGACUGGGUGGUGCUGAUGGCGGAGAUCUGCGGCUUGGGCGGCUUUGGGCAGGCGUGGGCCGAGGAGACGCUGCUGCCCAUCGUGACGGCGCUGUCGGGCGAGCAGUCGUACUUGCUCCGCGCCGUCGUCCCCUCCUUCACCGCCGGCUUCGCGCAGAUCCUCACGCCCGGCAGUCUCGAGACGAAACUGGUGCCCGCCGUGCUCGAGAUGGCGUCGGACCGCGUGCCUAACUUGCGGAUGAUCGCCGCGCGGGCGCUCGCCGCCUGCACGCCGCUGGUGGACCCUGGCAUGGCGCGCGAGAGUAUCGUGCCCAAGCUGCAGGAGAUGCUUGCAGAUGCCGACGUGGACGUCAAGUUCGAGGCGGACGCGGCGCUCGAGAGCGACAAGUUGAAAGGCUUCUGCUGAGGCGCGCUGCGGAGGCCCUCUCCCGCCCUCCCUCCCGCCGUCCCUCUCCUCCCCUCGGGUCUCGGGUCUCUGGUCUCUGGGCAUGCGUCGAGGAGGGUCCAGAGGCUAGGCGUAAGGGCUCUGGCGCUAGAGUAAGGGUCGGGCGGGGCGCAACCGCGGCGUGGCGUCCGCGAUAUAUUUCGCGCUCCGGCUCGCAUCCCCGCGUCCCCUCCGCUCCCCCCCUAUGUCCGCCCUGCGGUCCGCCCUGUCCCCUCCGACAUUUAAAAACUUUUGAAC